CCCAAUCACCCUUAAACAAAUUUCUAAUCUUUCUACAAGGCACUAAUCAUGUUGGUUUAUCAGGAUCUUCUCUCUGGUGAUGAGCUUCUCUCUGACUCAUUCCCAUACAAGGAAAUUGAAAAUGGAAUGCUGUGGGAAGUAGAAGGCAAGUGGGUUGUUCAAGGGGCAGUUAGUGUCGAUAUUGGGGCUAAUCCCUCUGCUGAAGGGGCUGAUGACGAAGAAGGUGUUGAUGAUCAAGCUGUCAAGGUUGUCGAUAUAGUAGACACUUUCAGGCUUCAGGAGCAGCCUCCUUUCGACAAGAAACAGUUCAUAGCGUAUGUCAAGAAAUAUAUCAAGAAUUUGACUCCCAAGCUUCAACCUGAGAAGCAAGAUCAGUUCAAGAAAGGCAUCGAAGGAGCUACAAAAUACCUUGUCUCAAAGCUCAAGGACUUCCAAUACUUUGUUGGGGAGAGCAUGCACGAUGACGGGACAAUGGUGUUUGCAUACUACAAGGAAGGAGCAACUGAUCCAACUUUUCUGUAUCUGGCUCAUGGCUUGAAGGAGGUCAAGUGCUGA